GGCGUUUUGAAUGUGAAUACGCCUUUGUCUGUCUCUAUUCUCAUUCAAGGAGUCCGUAGAAGUACUUGUAUUUCUUUCGGCGUAAAGUCAGUCGCUCCACCUUAGGGCAAACAAACUCUUCACUGAUUCCUUCCUUCCUUCCUUCCUCCUCUACUACUCUCUCUUUCUCUCUCAUUCAUCCCAAUCAAAAAUGGUGGAAGCCAUGGAGUUACUCAGAGCAAACCUCUCCCGUGUUCGAAUUCCUGAACCUACUAAUCGCAUUUUCAAACAAGAAUGUUGCGUUUCUUUCGAUACUCCGAAGUCGGAAGGUGGUUUGUUUGUGGAUAUGAGUUCUUUCCUCGCAUUCGGGAAAGAUUUUGUCAAUUGGAACUACGCAAAGUCUGGAAAUCCGGUUUAUCUGCAUAUUAAGCAAACACAAAAGGUGGUUGCCGAAGACAGACCUUCAAAGAAGCCAACUAUCUUGGCAAUUGGUGUAGAAGGGGGUUUUGGUAGCGGUGAGCCUGAAUAUGAAGAGAAAUAUAACAUUGUUAUAUUGCCGGAAUAUGCUAGUCUUCCAUUUCCCUCUGUUGAGUUGCCUGAAAAGGUAAGGUUGGCAGUUGAUGCUAUUUUAUUGGCUGAGGGUGCUGAGCGGAAAGAGCAAGUUGCAGCUUGGGUAGUUGAGAAGCAAAUCAGUGCAUAUGCCAUGGACUUGCAACAGAUUGACAAUGGAGUUAUUGUUCCUCCUUCAGGGUGGAAAUGUGUAAAGUGUGAUAAAACAGAAAACCUUUGGCUAAAUCUAACAGAUGGAACAAUCCUUUGUGGUAGAAGAAAUUGGGAUGGAACUGGUGGUAACAAUCAUGCUGUUGAGCAUUAUAAUGAGACAAAGUACCCUCUUGCGGUGAAGCUUGGCACAAUAACUGCUGAUUUGGAGGCUGCAGAUGUAUUCUCUUAUGCGGAGGAUGAAAGUGUCAUUGAUCCUCUUCUUCCACAACAUUUGGCACAUUUUGGGAUUGAUUUUUCUUCAUUGCAAAAGACUGAAAUGACCACUGCGGAAAAGGAGCUUGACCAGAAUACAAACUUUGAUUGGAAUCGAAUCCAAGAAAGUACAGAGGCACUUCAGCCAUUAUUUGGCCCUGGUUAUACUGGACUUGUCAAUCUUGGCAACAGCUGUUAUCUGGCAGCGACCAUGCAAGUAGCAUAUACCACACAAGCUUUUAUUUCUAGAUAUUAUGCGAACCAAGACUUAAAAAGUGCUUUUGAUUCUGCCCCUGCUGAUCCUACGGUGGAUCUGAAUAUGCAGUUGACAAAACUCGGCCAUGGAUUGCUCUCCGGGAGAUAUUCAAUUCCAUCAUCAGAGAAGCAGGAAGGCAUCCCUCCUCGGAUGUUCAAGACAGUAAUUGCUGCCAGUCAUCCAGAAUUUUCUACCAUGAGACAGCAGGAUGCGUUAGAGUUUUUUCUACACCUUCUAGAACAAGUUGAACGGGUUAAUGCCGGGAAUCCGAAACUGGAUCCUUCAAGAAAUUUCAAGUUCGGCAUUGAAGAUCGAAUUCAGUGCCCCUCUGGAAAAGUUACUUACAAUAGACGCUAUGACUACAUUCUUUCUCUCAAUAUUCCAUUGCAUGCUGCAACAAAUAAGGAUCAACUAGAAGUGUUCCAGAAAUUGAAAUCUGAAGCUGAUUCUGAAGGAAAGGAUAUUGAUGCUAGUGAAGUAGUUCGCCCAAGGGUGCCAUUAGAAGCUUGCCUAGCUAGCUACUCAGCUCCUGAGGAGGUGAUGGACUUCUACAGCACUGCAUUGAAGACAAAGGCAACUGCUACAAAAACUACUGGACUGACAUCCUUCCCCGAUUAUUUGGUCUUGCACAUGAGGAAGUUUGUUAUGGAGGAUGGAUGGGUACCCAAAAAGCUUGAUGUCUACAUAGAUGUACCCGAUAUGAUCGACAUCAGUCACAUGCGGAGUAAGGGUCUUCAACCUGGAGAAGAGCUGUUACCUGAAAGUGGUGAGGGUGACACAGAGUCUACCAGAGUUAUAGCCAAUGAGUUUAUUGUUUCUCAACUUAUGUCCAUGGGAUUCGGCCAAGUGGCUUGUGAAAAAGCUGCCAUUAAUACUUCCAAUGCUGGGGUUGAAGAGGCAAUGAAUUGGCUGCUUGCUCACAUGGAUGAUCCUGAUAUAAAUGACCCUGUAUCAGAUGUGUCUCAAAGUACUCCCGCUUCUGUUGAUCAGUCAAAAAUUGACACUUUGGUUACAUUUGGUUUCUCAGAAGAAGUUGCUCGAAAUGCUCUCAUGGCUACGGGCGGAGAUAUUGAGAAAGCGACUGAUUGGAUUUUUAGCAAUCCAAACACUUCGUCCACAUCGGAUAUGGACACAUCAAGCAGCGGAGCUGCUGUAGCUGACGCUGAACUACCAGAUGGCUCAGGAAAGUACCGACUUCUUGGAUUCGUGAGUCAUAUGGGAACUUCAACCCAUUGUGGUCAUUAUGUUGCUCAUAUCAACAAGGAUGGUAAAUGGGUACUAUUCAACGAUGAGAAAGUGGGAGCUUCUGUCAACCCACCUAAGGAUAUGGGGUACUUGUACUUCUUUGAGAGACUAACUGCUUGAUUAAGAGAUGCAAAUUCAUAAUCGGCUGAUCAUCCAGUGUUUGAGGGAUCCAUCCCAAAGCUUCGUUAUGUUGCAUCCUGUCCGUCUUCCUCCAAACUCAGUUGUCACAGCGCCGAUGGCGGGUAUUCAGAUGCAGGCUUCUCUAAUUGCUCGUUCCUUUCAUAGGAUGCGAUUGUUCUGUUGACGAUCUCUGGAAAAGGUAUUGAUUGAAAAGUUUUGAUAUGAUCUCUGCUUAUAUAUGCCUGGACCCAGGAAGCUGGUUCUUUUAAAGAAUAGCCAACAAUUGUCAAAACCCUAGGAUUUAAUCUGAUCAUAUUGGCAUUGUUUCAGAUGUCAAUUGUUAAAUAAUAGAAUUGGAACUUGGAAUUAUAAAUCUGUUGCAGUGGACUAUAGUAAAUAGACUUCAGGUUGAUUUGAAUUUGACUCUUGCGAUCGGUAAGAGUAGCAAUUACUCCAAUACUUCCUUUUUCUUUUU